AUGGAAGCGGCGCGGAAGACGAUCGAGGUGCUCGGCCAGCGCAUCCUGCCAGGACAACCCCAUCACUUGGCGUUCCACCCCGAAUGGCGAUACCGUCCCAACCACGGUGACAGCAGCUCCUUUGAGGAAUGGCACCAUCCCCGCCUGCAAUACCUGACCCUAUUGUCCGAAGCCGAUCGCGGCGUCCUGCUCACAAAAUCCGAUUAUGACAUGCGUGAAGAGCCGGCCAAGCCUCUUCCGCGCGAAGUCAACGCGCUGGCCAAAGGUGGUGAGAAGAAGAAGUUGUCGCUGAGCGACUACAAGAACAAGAAGACCGGGGCCACGUCGUCCACGUCGCCGCCAGAGCCCUCAAUUGCCAAGAAGAAAGAAAGCGAACGCGCUGGCGACCUGUCGGCCAGUAUGGGGGCUGCAUCCGACCACAAACCCACAUCAGAAUCCAAGUCUGCCUCGGAAGCGAGGAAGGCGGACAGACCCAGGCCACGAGAAUCAGAUCCGCUCGUUGACGCCAAACAGCGACAGGGUCGCGAGCCAGCCGCCGACAUGAGAUUACCUCCCAAGCCUCCCACAAAGCACCCAUUACCGCCUCGACCACCCUCUCCCAAUUCUAAGAAACGCGUGGCAGAUCCAGAUGACGAUUUGCGACCGCAAAAGCGAUCCAAGGCUGACACCGGCAAGCACAUUGAUGACCGGGCACCGCACUCGCGUGAUGAAGCGCAGAGACGCAAAGACAGAGUCUCUUCCUCAACGCCUUACAAAGAUGCGCCGUCGCAUAAAGAUGACAGGCUCACCAACUCGUCCUCGCUACCCAAUGGCAGAGCCAUUCUGAAAGGCGCGGUGAGCUCCAGCCGUAACAACAACACUUCGCCCGCAUCUCGCCCUCGGGGCGAUUCUAUCAAUGGCAUCCGGCCUACUGGCACAGGAAGCAACCGAAACACGCCCACCAAGCUGGACACGUCAAAAUCAAGCGUGCCGCCACUAUUAUCUCCCCUGCAUCUGACUUUUGACGACCGGAACUCCGAGAACAAGUCACAGGCAAGGCAGGAGAAGAGAAGGGCGCGGGAAGACUCUCGUGAGCGGGACAAAUCUCCCAUAAGGCACAAAAAGUCAGACUCCACAUCAGAAAUCAAGAGACAGAGGUCACCGGCGAGGAUUCCUCCGCUGCUCUCGCCGACUUUGCCACCGGCAGUAGAGGCGGCUUUGGAGGCUGCUUUGCAGACGAGAAAGAAAAUACCAACGGAAUCGUUGGAAGCCAAGCCCCUCAAGAGCAAGGAUGACAAAGAGAAGGAGCUGCCGUUCAAAAAGAAGAAGGCGGCUACCGAUUAUCACUCUGACGACGACGAACCUCUUUCACAAAAACCACAAAAGUCACAAAAGUCACUCAUUGUUAUGAUCAAAGUGCCCAAGAAACUACGAAAGGAUGUCAAGAGGAUCCUCGCCUUGUCAUCAUCUACUGCCGCUCGCAAGGAGUUGCAGGCUCAAAGCCAGGAACGUUCUGCUGCACCUGAAGAAUUCAUUCAGCCACCCCCCGCAAGGAAACGGCCGGUGGCUCCCACUGAAGCGGCGGCAUUAUCGGAAACCAACGCACAAAAGAAGCCCAAGGCUGCUGAUAUCCCCAGUUCCUCGCGUUUGCCUGCUCCAACGACUCCAUCCAAAAGGGGGGCCACCUCCAUGUCUCGCGUUAGCUCGAGCAAUUCUUUGGCCCAGACCCCUGGAGACGCAGUUAAUGCCACUCCAUCUGCCUCUACCUCAUCGGACCGCCGUGUAAAUGGCCACGAUGUCCAUCGCUCAGAAUCUGCCGAGGCUAGGGCUAUGCGCGAGAAGGAGGCCAAAUUUAACGCUCUGGGACGCCGCCUCAAGCAUGAAGCGGAUACAGCCAUGAGAGGAGGUCGUCGAAGCCCGGGUACCAAUGGUCACAUGCGUGAGCCUGACCUAGGUAAAGGUUAUGUGAUUAGUGUGGAGAGUUUGUUGGCUUUCAUGGCUGGCUUCCAAGCGCAAAACAUUUACCGCGGGCUAUGCAAUAAGAGGAGCGACCCGACUGGAUGGAUGAGCCUGUUUCCCCUGCUUGAGUUUAUUCAGGGCCAGUUGAAGAGACAGGAGACACAUACCCGUCGAUUCCUUCCGCUUUAUGCACUUGUUCUUCAUCUUCAUACUGUGGCCAUCACAGAGCUAAUCCGAUGCCACGUGGUCGAGAAUUCAACUCUUCCGCAGCCAGACUGGUUUGCACUUGAAAAAAAGCGACUGAAGCUUCUUUCUCAAAUCAACGAGGCUUCUAACAACAUUGAUACUCGAGAUCUGCGCCUCAGUGUACCAUCACACGCAACGCUAGAUGAUAUGACUUGGGCGUCGAUCCGGAUCCUCAGAACAUGGUGUAAUGGUGAGCACGUUGAUUGGGCCCCCGACGGCAGUCUUAAGGAG